AUGGAUGAAGCUAUAGUCCCAAACUUGGUUGCUGGGGUUUUGGACCAGCGACAACGAGAGGGAUUUUGUGCGUUCGUCGAUGAUGUCUUCCCAGGCAUCUAUUACGGGUACAGCAACCGUGUGGAAGUGAACUGGUUUGACGUGGCUCGGAACCAACGAGAAACCGGGAAGCCGCUUGACUGGGUCUUGCGCAGUAUUGGAACUUGGCAGCUGGGCAAAGCACACAAUGAUCCACGGCAAAUGCUCGCCAGUCGAGAAAUGUAUGGACGUGCGUUGCAGCAUCUGAUCCAUGCAAUUAAAACUCCUUCCUUGGUCUGCACAGAUGCAACUCUUGGGGCCGCAAUUCUUGUUGGCAUAUAUGAAAUGAUCAAUGCGACAGAACCGAAAUCAUGGUUGACGCAUUCACGAGGCAUUUCCCAUCUCUUCCGUCUUCGAGGACCAAGAGCCCAUACAUGUGGACUCGGUCGCACCUUGCUAUUAUCCUUUCGAGGAUUUUUGGUAUUUGAAGCACUGGCUCGCAGUGAACCGUGCUUCCUCGAAGGUGAAGAAUGGAGAUCUAUCCUCCCAGAAACCCUGGAAAACGAAGAACGACGGGGCAAAUCCUCUCCUUUGAGCGCGCUGAUCGAGUAUGCAUUCAAUGAAAUAGCUCAAUGCCCCGGCUUUCUUGUCAAAUGCAAAAUGCUUGUCGCGUCCCCGCAGGCUACGUCUACGGAAAGGGAGUGUCUCAUUCGUGAGAUUGCAACAUGUCAAAAUACCCUGCGUGGUCUAGAGUCACAAAUGCUAGCUGGCAUCAAGGCAAAACAUGCAUCGAGUGAAGUAUCCUGUCGGCCUUUUUUCGGGGCGGUCCCUGAUCCCAAGGCAGAUAAACUGGCAAAUUUCUCCCACAAAGGAAUCCAGUCGGCCAUUGCACUGCUCCAGCAGCUUCUGGUGGUACUGGUAUCCGAUCGAACUCGGCAAAAAGAAGCGACGCCAUGGUUAACACUUGGAACAACUAACAGUGAAUGGGAGACAGACAUUGACCCCAAUGAGAUGGCCACACUGGCCCAAAACAAGACCAUGCUGCACCAGACAGGUCCACAACUCCCCGGGAGCUCGGAGGCUUCGCCUGACUGUAUCGCAAUGUCAAUGGGCUUGACCAAAUAA